AUGCCCGGUAGCCCUAGUAAGAAAAAGAGAACGAAGUGCAAAGCUCUGGACUCUGAUCUCAAGGCACUCGAAGGGCAAGCAGGCUCAGAAAAGCGAUCGCAAGCUCAUGCUAAGGCAUCAACUAAUGAUGUGGGUGAGUCUCAGCCUCGACAUUCGGGUUGUCCAGGUGCAGGGAAAGGAGGUAGGGGCGCCCAGCUGGAAAAAAUAGGUGCUAUCUUGGAUGCUCCUGCGUGGACGAGCCAACCGAAGGGCACCACAUCCCUUAAUUCAGAUUUUCCCGUGAAUCCUCUUGCUCCAGAGUUACCUUGCAAGGGUCGUGGGAGUCAGUCCAAAAUUAAGCAGCCCCCUCCUCCUUACACCACUUCAGAGACAUUGGAUUCAAACACCACAGUUCCCAGACCACGCCCCAAGAAAAUUAAGAAAAUUGUUGCUCCUUCCCUGAGCCUUGAGACCUCGAACAACCAGCCCACUUUCAUUCAACGCGAAGUUGGCCAACGGUACAGAUUUUCUCCACCCGUUGUUCCUCCUGGUACAGAGCCGGAUCUCCAAGCACUCAACAAUCCAUUCGUGGCUGCAGCCAAGGCUGCCAAGGAGCAACAUGUUGCAUCUCACAACUCCCAUCUCAUUGUUGCUGACGCCUUCGAACGUCAUCCUCCUGCUGCUCCUACCAAUGACCAUUUGUUACAGCAGGUACUUUCACAGCCAGUUAUUGCGAACCUGUCGGAUGAUAAUCUUGAUCCCACACUUUGGUCAAUCAACCAGGGCGACUUCGGACCGCAAGACACAGACACUGAAGGUUCAGACGCUUCCGAGGAGGGGAGUGAUAGUGAGGAUACGUCUGAUGGAGACGAUGAUAGUACAAACCAACAAAUUGGUUGGGGAGAAUCUAGAGGACGCCAUAAUGCACAUCCUGGUUUUUCGGAGGAAGUCCAACCAUCCCAACCUCGGGUUGCCGUCGCUCUUCCUACCGACUUCGAAUUCCAGCACUCGUGGGAUGAAGAUGAUCAAGCAGCUGGGACUUUGGCGUUCGAUGAUGCUUCAGGCAGUGACGAUUCGGAAACGGGUGCCUCCCAGCCAGCUGAUGUACUGGAACUUCACCAUAAGAAAAAUGGUCGUCCUCGCCUUCCUGAUCCUGCCCUUCUGGACCUACUCCGUGGUGCCGAAACGGCCAAUACAUCAGGUUCAAAGAAGAAGGCAACCAAAGCAUCCAAGGACCCUGGCGAUGGUCCCAAGUCCACACAACUAGCCUGGUACAGUCCCCGCUGGAAGCGCUUUCUCGAGGAAGCGAAGGGAGAGUGUCGUGUCCUGCACACCCUAGAGAAUGCAUUCCUGAAACUUGUCCCUGACUUAUCAACCACCAUCACAGAGUUGCUCUCAGCUUCUCUCCAUCCACCAGAUGUAUGGCCUGCUCGCAAACCUGAUAUGGCAAGACUGUUAUACGAUGAUCUAUCAACUUGGCGGUCAGACCUCAAGAAGAUAGUUGUCGCCAUCACUCCUUCUGUAUAUGCUCUCAUCCCGCCGACCGAUCUUUCCACUCAGGAGCGCGCGAAUUGGGUCAAAGCAGCUGCUGCAGACUUGCUGGAUAAGUCUAAAUAUUUGCGCGACGGGAAGGAUGAAUUGGGGAAGACUAAAAAUUUUGCUCACCCUGGACUUCGCGAAGCCGCCAUUCUUUUCCUCUACUUCAACUGUGUCUUCGAUGGUCUCAAAAAAAACGGGAACGGGAAGACUUACCCCAAUUUUUCGUCGAAGGAUUACCUGUGCAUAUACAACAGAAUGUUGAGACUACUCGAAGACAUUAUGAACGACCCUUAUCAUGGCCCAAAAUUGGUGCAGCGGCUUCGCGAGUGGGCGGAAGCAGGAUGGGCCGAGUUUUGCAAACUCAACAGCACCGACACAUCCAAGCACAUCCACCUGCAGAUAGAGCUUGAUUAGAAGGAGCUCCUUGUCUACCAGUCACUAAUAUUAGCUAUCAUCGGUUUUCUUUUUCAUCAUUUUAUGUCUCUGACUGUCAUGUGAUUCAUUUGGUUCAAUAUAUGAUCAUUGUGCGCUAUUAUAUAAGCUCCACAUUAUCUGUGAAUGUCUGUACAGCAAUAUAUGGUUAUCAUUGUGCGCUAUUGUACA